AUGCGCCGCUGCCCCUCGAGAACCAUCGGCCGUCCUCGUUCCGCAGCGGCGAGCGGACUCCACUUCGAGCUCGUCCUCGACGUCUUCCGCUGCGGCAGCAACAACGACUGGUUCGACAGGCGGCCAGGUCUGUACAAAUCUCAUGUAGCGAACACGCCGAUGGUGGUCAUGUGGAACAACCCGGACGGAACCGUGACGCUCUCGCAACGGACGGCGUCGUCGGAGACGGUGAUGCCCACCCUCGACAGCAGUCCUCCACGGACCGCGACGGUCGAUGUCAACACGUUCGUUCUCAGCAUCGGAGCGAAGCUGCAGUACGGCUUCACGAUCCCGAGAGACAACAGUUCGCUGUCGUCAAUACCGAUCCUGUGGGCGUUCAGCCAGACGAACCCGGAGGACACAUCACAGAACGCAACACUAGUCAUACACGACGAUACCGGGACAGCGACGCUUGACCUCUCGCAGGCACUGAGCACGUCGAGCUCGGCGGCGGAGACACGGUGUCACGCCGGGCUCGUGGCGGGACUCGUGGCGAGUACGACUUUCUUGGUGCUGUGGACACUGUAG